GCAACUGGGACGCACAAGGAGUACGCCAAGUUCAAGUACUACAUGGAGAAGUGCUACGUGCUGCCGCUGGAGCUCAAGAACGACAUUAUCUACUGCCAGCGUGCGAUGCGCGACUUCCUCAAGGUCCACGGCUUGGUCUCGGACGUCUUCAAGGAGCAGGCGGAUGCGGAUCCCGUGCAGAUGCGCCGCAUCCUGGACGAGCUGGAGGAGGAGGUGUACGAGAUCAACGCCGAGCAGCAGUUCCUGCUGCUGCGCCUGAACGACGACCUGGAGGGCUUCUGCCUGAAGCUGAAGGAGAACAACAUCGCCACGCAGCCGGACCUGGCCAACGAGUUCGUCUCCGGCCAGAUAGUGCCCCUGAUCGCGGACCCCAACUACAAGAUCUGUCCGCAGUCGGUGAUGAGUCGCGACAACGAGGAGAUGCUCAUCCGCAAGCACUUCCUGCUGAGCCAGGACGACGAGGCGGGCGUGCCGCCGCUGAAGCUGAGCGACCUGGACGAGAACAUCCCGCUGAUGCUGGCUCCGCCGGUCAGGGGACUGGGUCAGCAGAUCGCAGCCGUGCAUCCGCAGGUCAAGUGGCCGCUUAAAUCCGAGGAGCCACUGCAGUCGCAGCUGGAGAUGAUGAAGCGCUCGCUGGAUGCCCAAGCGAUGCCGCCCAAGCGCAAGAACAUCACCUGCAGUUCGCCGCCGCCGCUGGCGCCCAUAACGCAAACCCAAACCCAAACGGUGGUGGCCGCCGCACCGCCGCAACCAGCGAAUCCGCCGCCAGACUUUGAGGUGGUGGCCCAGAGCAGGAAGAACCUGCAUCAGGCGCUGAAGCGGGCCCGCAAGACGAAGCAGCAGCCGCGCCUGUGCGACGAGGAGGAGGAUUUGGAGAUCAGCGGUCUGGAGAACAGCCGCAAGAGCAAGUGCAGCGAGGGCAGGAAGACUCCGCCGCCGCCACCGCCGCUGGAGCCAACGAAUGCUGCCGCCUUGAACAAGGGGCCGUCGGAGAAGAAGAACAGUUCGCAGAAGACCAGAAACACGCGCCGGAAGUCCUCGCCGACGCCCCCAUCGAAUUCCCAGCCGCAGCCGCAGCCAGCGGGUUCGCCAGGUUCCGGCGGCAGCUCAGAUGAUUCCAGCGCGGAGCUGCAGCAGGAGCAGCAGCGGCUCUGCGCAUCCGCCGCCCAGUGGCGCGACGAGCCGCGCGAGAGCCGCAUCCUGCCGGCGGAGUACGGCCAGGAGACCUUCCUCGGCCUCUUCGGCCUCUACACGCCCGAGGUGCUCAAGAAGCUCAACCAGCGGCAUUCGAAGCGCAAGCGGCGCACCGUCCAGAAUGCCAGCGGCGUGGACUUUCACUACGGCCAGCAGCUGAAUGCCAUGGACACGCUGGUCCUCGGCGUUCGCGGGCACAAGAAGGCCAAGGACAAGCCCGAGUUCCUGCUGUCGCCCAAGGAGAAGCGGCUGCAGGCCAACUCGAAGAGGGCCUACACGCGCAAGAGCAAAUCGCCGGACAAGAUUACGGAUAAGGGUGCUGGAUCUGCAGCUUCACCCUGCCAGCAUGGCGAGGGCGGCGCCUCAAAGUGCCGAAAGUGCCGCGAGUGCAGGGAAUGCAAACGCCGCGUGGAGCCCGAAGCGAUGUACUGCCAUUUCUGCAGUGGCCUCUACCACCUCGACUGCCACGAGGCCACCAAAAACCGCCAGCAAAUGCAGCUCCAGAACUCCCGCUGCCCGCCGUGUUUGCGCGAGCAAAUGGAUAAGUAGCGUCGUGAUACGAAGUCAACGGACAUUGGAUACUUAUCUUACUAUUUUCGCCUGUUUUCCAAAGGACACCAAAAGUUGUUGGAUGAAUUGUUUGCCUCCUCAGUCCAAUGGACAUGGGCACUUACUUCCCUUCGUUUCUUUCUUGGCUCCGCUGUUUUAAG